GCGCUUUUUAAAUCUGACCUGUCAGCAAAGGAAAAUGAGGGUUGAUUAUAGGGUCUGAGAAGGGGCCUAUAUAACGAAAGAGUUUGUCUGCCAGCCCUCAAAGAACUUGCAUCCAGAUGGUGCAGCUUUUUCAUCACCAUGAGGCUGUCUAUAACUUUGGGCCCCCUGAUGAUUCUCCUCCAGAACGUUCUUGCUCCUACAGCAGGCCAGGAAAGGACUCUUCGCUUCGUUACCUUGGUUUAUCGCCAUGGUGACCGAUCCCCUUUGGGCACCUACCCCACAGAUCCCCACAAAGCAGCAGCCUGGCCUCAAGGCUUCCAGCAACUCACUGAGUUAGGUAUCUUACAACAGAAAGCACUGGGACGUUUCCUCAGGGAAAAAUACGCUGGAUUUCUGAGUGCUUCUUACAAACCACAGGAGAUAUACGUUCGCAGCACCGAUUAUGACCGCACCAUAAUGAGUGCUCAAGCUAACCUGAUGGGGCUUUAUCCAAGCUCAGACCCUGAGACUGGCUGGAAACCGAUUCCCAUCCACACAGUGCCUGUUAGGUAUGACAAGCUGCUGAAGCCACCAACACAGAACUGCCUACGAUCCCAACAGUUGAUGGAGGAGACAAUUAAUUUGCCCAGCUAUCAGGCAAAGAUGAAGGCUUGGAAGGGCUUCAUAGCUGCUAUGGCCAACUAUACAGGCCUAAAACCUGAGCAUCUAACCUUGAGGGGCCUUUGGAGGGUGCACGAUUCCCUCUUUUGCCAGAAAACCCACAAUCUGAGUUUGCCUAGCUGGGCUACGCCAGAGGUCCUGACCACACUUCAGGAGAUGGAAGCAUUUAAUGUCGAAGCCCAUGUGGGAAUGCAUGCCAGCCAAGAGAAAGCCCGAUUUACUGGAGGGCUGCUCCUGAGUGCCAUUCUGAGCAACUUCUCCAAGGCUGUGUGCAGAGAUCUGCCCCUGAAGAUGCUCAUGUAUUCUGCACAUGACAGUACCUUAAUUGCCCUGCAAGGGGCGCUGGGCAUUUACAAUGGUCACCCUCCACCAUACGCUGCCUGCCACGGAUUCGAGUUCUACCAAGAAAGCAAUGAUUCAUUCAGUGUGUCCAUGUUCUAUCGCAAUGAAAGUGGCCAGCAACCCCACACAUUAGCCUUACCUGGCUGCCCCACACCUUGCCCCCUGCCGCUCUUCAUUCGCCUUACACGUAGGGUUAUGCCUCAGGACUGGGAAGCUGAAUGUCAAAACCCGCAAGGAGGGCCAGGACGCACCAUAACUGCUUUGGCUGUCGUAGUGGGUCUGCUGAGUGUGGCAUUUGUUGGUGUUUGUGUCUUGUACUGGAGGAGGUGAGAAGAUGGACCAACAGCAACAAGGAAAGCCCCAUACCAAAAUAAAGACAGCCAUCUUUG